AUGUGUGCAGGAGAGAAGCGCUGGUCCAUGGCGGAGUCGACGGAGCUGCUGGCCGCCUGUCUGAAACGCAUGUCCAAGGGCAAGAGAGCCUCGAAUGCAGGGCCAAACGGGCGAGACAGGCCAAGGACAGCAUCCGAUGCAUGGAUCCGAGGGCCACAUGGGCGAGUUAGCUGGCAGCGUGCCUGGGCGAGUCAUUUGCACUCGUGGGCACUGGAGAUGCCGAGGGAGCGGUACAUAGACAGUCGCAAUAGUCGUGGCAUGGCGGCCGUAGGAGUAGCAAGCUUUGGCGAGACGCCUCUGCCUCCAAAGAAAGCGCCCUACCGCAUGCUUAGCCAGCGCCAGAACGACCAGUCUCUGCUCGUAUUCGUGGCCUGGGCCCAUGCUGGUGGUGUCCGAAAAAACAAGUCCGACAAUAUUAAUAAUAAGGGUAAUACGCACCAGCUGAGGUUAGUUUUUGGAAUCUCACCCUCGCCGCCGGGCGCUCCGUGGAUAAGGUUAAGUCGACAACAUGGGCGCAUAAACACGCACUCGACAACGGCAUGA